UAAAUGUUAGGUAACUGUUCGUUUUCGCCAUAGAACAUCUUCAAACACUAAAAUUUGCAUGGAUGCAAUUUAUUUUAAUCUUAAAUCGAAACGCUUUUUCAAUUAGAUAAAAUUUUAUGUUCAAAUUUGCAAUAAAAUAUGAACAGCACUGUAAUAUUAAUGUAUGAAUCGGGCAUGUUUUGAUCAAUUUACGAUCGCAUGAUCACAAUUAAUUUGAUGAGUAGCACUAGCUUCUUAUGCAUUUAUAGCUAUACAGGCUCAUGCAGGUAAUAAAAGUAAAAGUCUCAAUUAUAUUACUUUUGCAAUAUUACAGGUUCUGAAAUUGCACGCAGAGAGGCUGUGUUUGGCAAACGGCAAGUCAAUCCAAUCGAUAUGACUCGAAAUGUGUAUCUUAGGUUCUCAGUUUUUGUCCUCUUAAUGGCUUUAGUUUGCUUUGUCCACGAGAGUUCAACAUCGUCGCUAAGAGGUAAAAAUGUUUUUUUUUAUUCACGAAUGGAGACUUGUAAUCUGACAAGCGCAUCGGUCAAACGCAGAGACGACAAGAUCAAACUUCAAAUGAAUAAAUCGGACGUCGAGAAUAUUCUUAAAUUGAUGCUUCAGUAUACUACCAAUGUCGUUGAGAUAGAAUUGACUAUCCAUUCUAAGAACAACACGCGAUCUUUUCCUAAAUACAAAUGGUCUUGGGCCAGUGAAGUUGGUCGAACAGUUAUUUCAUUGAUUGAACGACCUUUUAUUAAGCUAAAUUAUAAACCCAGUAGUCUGCACUUUAUUACCUUAAAACGAGGGAUCAAAAAGGUGAAUGUCGUUGUCUUUGAGGAAAUUGAUGGAUGUCUGCCAACCGGAAACAAAGGAUCUGAACUUGUUUUCGACUUUCUCCUGCGCCAGCUUUCUCAUUCAGACGACACUCACGAUUAUAAGUUAUGUCGCCCUCACGAUGACGAGGACGGCUUGAAACAAUAUAACUGUUGCAGAAUAACAACCAAUGAACUGUCCGUUUGUGAUGACUAUUUUUCGAAUAUAAUCGAUCAAGCUAGUUCAUACAUAGUAGCAGUUACAAUACUCGUUGGUUUUUUCGGAUUCCCUCUAAUUAUCCAAUAUUUGCAAAUUAGCGAAAAUAACGGGCCGAACGAAGAUUAUGGGAUUAGUGACAGUCCAUUGACACUUAAAACAGUUUUAUAUGACCUUUUUGUCGAAGGAUCCAGUCCCAAUAGAUCUCGACUUAGAAGAUUUUUUUUAUGGCUUAUAACAACAAUUUUGUUCUAUAUAAGCAGUUCAUAUUUCAUCAUUCCUUCAAUUGUUUUUCUCGUUUUUAUGCCAUUUGAUAUUUUCUUACUAAACAAAUUCGGUAAACAGGGAAAAGAAAUUUAUAAAUCCUAUAUAUUCACUAUUACUUCUCCCUUCAAUCCACAACUCUGGUGGAAAAUUUUUGACAAGUUAGUGCUUCAAAAAUUUGAAACAACAGUGUGUAAGAUUUGCAUUGCUAUCGUUUCCACUAUUUUCUUUCCUCUUUUCUACGCUAUUGUCUGCAUUGUCUCUUUUCCGUCAUUGACGUCUGCGGUGUUGUACGGAACAUUUCUCACAGGUCGACCUGUUCAGGGUGCUUGGGAGCGUAUUGGAAAUUUUUUACGCUCUGUAGUUGCACCCUUAGCAGUAGGGUUGUUCAUACUUUCUUUGGUUGUUUUCUUAAAUAUAAUGCUCCCGCUGAUUGCUGGGAUUUACCUUAAUGGACAAAUUUUCGGUCCAUACUUCACACCUAUCGCAGGUGUUGUUAUUUAUUCACUAAAGCAUUGGAGAUGGUCAGUCGAAGCUAAGUACCUGGUUCUAAAAACGGACAUUUACGAAGUGUGCAAGAAAAUAUGGGAAGACCCACAUAAUGGAAGACAAAAUAAACAACCCCCAGGAGGAGAAAAUCAACAACCUCCAGCAAGACAAAAGAACUUUACUGUCAAUGUUAAAGACGGAAGAAUUCCGAAAAUUCUAUACAAAGAGAUCAGGAAAUUAAUUUUGCCGCUUAACAAAUCCUUGUUCUUUUUCUUUCUUCAGAUAUUUUUGGUUGCAAAUUUCUUCUUCGUUGUAGUGGUCAUGAUGUUAUUAGCCCAGAAAUCUAACAUUUCCGGACAAGUUCAAAUAAUGAGCACGAUUGCAUUAAGCACAUUGCCGUUUAUAUUCGACACAAUAUGGGUUGAAGAUACUUGUGAACAGAAGAGUGCUGAUAGCCUGAAGCAGCAAAAGGAAAUAAAAGAAAUAAUGACUUUUGUAUCGAAAGAUGUCACUACAAUAACAGUAAAGGUAGAUACAGAAGAAGAAAUCCGGAUCGAAAAAUGGACUGACGUUUUUUUGGCUUUUAAUCCGUUAUGGAAACAUUACCAGCAAGAUCACCCAGGAAAUGAUGCAAAGAAUGCGAAGGCAGGACAGAACAAUUCUCAAUCGACACCCGAAGUUCCAGCGAACAUAGCUAGGAGAUCAACGAGAGACAGAAGAGCACCGCAAAGAUACGGUAACCCAUUAUUGGGGAACAAUUCUCAAUCGACACCCGAAGUUCCAGCGAACAUAGCUAGGAGAUCAACGAGAGACAGAAGAGCACCGCAAAGAUACGGUAACCCAUUAUUGGGGAAAUAAACACUUUCUCAAAAAAGAUUGAAAUCAAGAUAACAAACAAGAAAAGGUUAAAUGAACAGAACCAUAAAAAUCAGACGUCAGUGCAAAAUAUAUAACCUAGAACUAGUACUACCAAGUAAUCAAGUUGAUACUAAAUAUUUCCAUGCAUGCAGUUAUUAAUUAAAUCUGAACUAAUAUUUUAUGUGAAAGUCCGUGUAUUUUCAGAGCAUUAGAAACGGAUAGAAUGAUGUAAAUGCGUAGGCCGGCAAAUUGUAAAUAUUUUUAAGCAAUGUGGAACCAUUUAAUAUUUCACGAAUCCAAAAUAUUCUGCAGUUUCAAGCUUAUAUAAUAUUCUUUCAAGUCUUCGCAUGAUUUAUUUCCUGAGAUUAAAAAAAGCUUGAGUUGUUUAUAACCAAAAUGAAUUGUGAAAGUAAGUCAGCUUGUUCCAGUGUUUCGGGGUUUGUUUGCGCAGGUUAUAUCAAUAUAUCUGUACCGCAAAGAUCGUACCAAUGUUUUUAACAUCUGGUUUCUUUAACUGAUUUUUCAUACACUGUUGCAGAUUUCAAGGUUUCGGGCAGUGAACUAUAAAUUCAUUGACAAUUGGCAAUGAACCUCUUGCUGUGAGUGUUAUUAGUUUAGGGGUUAGAAUUGAAGAAUAUGAUGAAUAUUUCUUGUUUCACAAAUUUCAUCAAAUUGCGUCCUAUAUAUAAUUGGACGAGGGUUGAAUUGGUAAUUGUUAUGCGGUAGCGCGCGUCUUCUUCAUAGAGACAUGUUUAACUCAGUACACCGCAAGCUAUAUAUUUGAGACUUGCAUGGGUCUGCCUUCAAAUAAGUCAUCAGUCUUCUUGAACAUGUUAUUCCUAUUACAAACAGGAUUACUUUCAGGGAGAUUGCAGUCAAAUAAAUUAAUAUCUUAAAUACUACAAAUACAAAGAAAGCAUUCUCUUUGCUGCUAGAUUGAAGUUAUUAGAGCUAGGACGCUGCUUGCAUUUGAAAUGUUUGUUUGUCAGUUUCUAAAAAGCGGCGGCAAAGGAAUUUAAGAAUGCAUGAGUCACAUGUUGCGAUUAUUACGCUACGGAGCGAAAGACGAUUGGGCUAAACAUGCAUGAUAUUUCAUUAAAGCGGAAUUUAGGAGUAAAAUUAAUUUCGUUGUUAAUUAAUUAAGUUGAGUCGUAAUCCUGUUUGAGGUCGCGUCGCCUCCACAGGGAAAAACGGUUUCCCAUUUUCUUCGAUGCAUUUAACUUGCAGUUAAAUUUCAUAGCGACUCAAUUCUGCACUAUACAUUCCUGUCAUUAGAACCUUUCAUGGUCCACAGUUGCUGCAUUGCUUUACCAUAUUUUUGCCCGAACAUACAUUUGAACAAAAAGAUACCCACAAAAAGAGGCUGAAACAGAAAAUCAAAAAAUUUAUCAAAAUAGUGAAUAAAACUGGCGAUAUUGUAAAGGUUAAGGUUGAGGUGGAAUGCGAAGCAGUAAACAUGAAAGACAUAAUUAAUUUUAUUAAAUCAUUCAUCGACUUAGUUGACAAACUCCAAUAAUAAUUUCCAGUGGCGUAUUUCUUGUUAAUGCUAGAAUAUAAUAUCCUUGCUCAGCUAUUAAGACUCAGAGGCUGUUUGUACGAAAGCAGGAAACCUCUAUCCAGCCAUUAGUGGCUGUUUCAAUCUCUCUAAAGGCAUGUUGUUAGUACUGUAGUUCUCUUUAAUAAAUGUUUGUCUCAAAGCAGUAUUUUUUUGCCGUUCAAGCAUCUUUAAAACUGUUGAAAAAUCACUUUAUCCGCUGGAUAGCGUUAUCUAGCUUUCGUACAACAACCUUCUGUCCCCUGAUUAGUGUCUUGUAAGUAUAUAACCGUUAUUAUUAGUAUAUUGUAAGUAUUUUACCGUUAUUACCUGAUUAGUAUAUUGUAAUAAUAUAA